UGUCUGUUUCACCCUUCACAGUGAAGGAGGAUUGUGUUUCGGACGCUGAGGAUGAUGGGAGCACGGACGCACUAAUGGAGGAGAUGCUCCAGCAAGGAGACACGGCAGUCAUUUACCCAGAGGCCCCAGAGGACGAGCCUCAACGCCAGGGCACCCCUGAUGCCAGCGUCCACGAUGAAAAUGGAACUCCUGAUUCCUUCUCUCAGCUGCUCACCUGCCCGUACUGCGCGCGUGGCUACAAGCGUUACAGCUCCCUGAAGGAGCACAUCAAGUACCGGCACGAGAAGACCGAAGAGAGCUUCAACUGCCCCGAGUGCAGCUACAGCUUCGCAUACCGCGCUCAGCUGGAGAGGCAUAUGACGGUCCACAAGGGCGGACGGGAUCAGAGACACAUCACACAGUCGGGAGGCAAUCGUAAAUUCAAGUGCACUGAAUGUGGCAAAGCAUUUAAAUACAAGCACCACCUGAAGGAGCACCUACGCAUCCACAGUGGAGAGAAACCGUAUGAGUGCUCCAACUGCAAGAAGCGCUUCUCUCACUCAGGCUCAUACAGCUCCCACAUCAGCAGUAAGAAGUGCAUCAGCGUCAUCUCAGUUAACGGAAGAGCGCGCUUGGGGAACGCCAAAACCCAGACCCAGGCUCCAUCUCCAGGGCUGCCCACGUCACCAUCAGCCCUCCGCACCCAGAUGCAGAAGAUGGAGCACAGCAAGCCACUGCAGGAGCAGCUGCCACUCAAUCAGAUCAAGACUGAGCCUGUGGACUAUGAGUACAAGCCCACAUUGAUGACAUCCGCAGCAAUGGCCGCUAUGAACGGUGGGGUUUUCCACGGAGGUACUGCACCUCUGCAGGGCACGGUGCAGGCUGUGGUCCUUCCCACUAUGGGGCUGAUGUCACCCAUCAGUAUCAACCUGGCCGACCUACAGAAUGCUCUCAAAGUGGCGGUGGACGGAAACGUCAUUCGCCAGGUUCUGGAAAGCAAUGCCAAAGGUCAGCUGCAAAUGCACUCGGGACUAACCACUGGAAUGCUCCAUCCCACACAGCAGCAACUCAUCUCAGCCAUCAGUCUGCCUAUUGUGGGUCAGGACGGAAACACAAAAAUCAUUAUAAACUACAGUUUGGACCCCAACCAGGGCCAGCUCACAGCCCAUAACAUGAAGAAAGAGCCCGAGGCAACCUCACUAGGCCAGAAACUCCCAGAGGAUCUAACCAUCAAAGGCUCCCGGCUCAAUGAGACUAAAGAAAAAGAGGAAAAGACCACUAAAACCUGCCUCCUGUGUGAUAACUGUCCCGGUGGGCUGGAAUCACUCCAUGCCCUCAAGCACUGCAAGGAUGGCCUUAGGCUGAACGGUCUGGAUAAGUCUGAGUCUGCUGUGGCUGCCUUGCUGUCAGAGGGCGGGCUCUGUAACCAACCCAAGAACCUCUUGUCCCUGCUCAAGGCUGUGGCCUUAAAAGCAGAGCCCACCAAGGAUGAGCUGGCCAAGAUCUCUGACUCAGUCAGCCUGCCAGCGCAUGUGGUAAAGAAGUGGUUUGACAAAAUGCAAGAGGGUCAGAUAUCACUGGGUGCUCCAACACCUCCCUCAGAGGAAGAAGACACCUGUGAAGCUAACAGUGUGGUGUCUCUGGUCCAAGGGAAGGACACGUGCCCCUCUGUGACCCAGGACAGCCCUACAGAAGCCACUCCAGCGGAGUUCAACGGCGCACAUAGCUCGCCGGCCUCUCCCUCGCCACUAAACCUGACAGCUGGCGGUCCCGUCCCAUCCCAGCCUUCCCAGAGCACUGAGGGACCCCUAGACCUGUCACUGCCAAAGCCCGCCGGAGGGGGACCAGAGAGAGCAGUGGGUAAAGCCUGUGUUAACGCCUCUCCUUCCCUCCGCUCUACCCAUGUGGAUGAACCCCUAAACUUAACUUGCACAAAGAAGGAGGCAUCGCCACUCUUAGCCAUGGGCGCCAGCCACAUCGCACUGUACGCCAGCCAGCAAAGUGCCAAACCCCUCAACAUUGUUACCACAAUGCAAUGCCUAAGGGCACUUUCCACUAACAACAAACAGACUAUCCUGAUCCCCCAGCUGGCUUACACCUAUACCACUACAGCAAACAGCCCUGCUGGGACCCAGACCCAGGAGACCCUCCACCUCAACGGAAUAAAGGAGGAGAAGAUGGACCCAGGCUCAGAUGGUAUGUCCACCGUGGAGGAGCAGAACGACUCUGACUCGGGCCCACAGAGGAAGAAGAUGAAGAAGACGGAGAGCGGCAUGUACGCCUGUGACCUGUGCGACAAGAUCUUCCAGAAGAGCAGCUCGCUGCUGAGACACAAAUACGAACACACAGGGAAACGACCUCACGAGUGCGGCAUCUGCAGCAAAGCCUUCAAACACAAACACCACUUGAUCGAACACAUGCGGCUCCACUCAGGGGAGAAACCCUACCAGUGCGACAAGUGCGGCAAGCGCUUCUCCCACUCGGGAUCCUACUCCCAGCACAUGAACCACCGCUACUCCUACUGCAAGAAGGAGACGCCGGGUCAGGGCGAGGGCCGCGAAAGCCCCGAGAACGAGGCAGAGGCCAGAGCUGAGAUGGAGGCGCUGAGCCGGCUGCAGCAGCUCCUCGCCCCCUCGCAGCUGGACUUGGACGAGCGAGGGAGCAGCACCAGAGACGAAGAGGAGAGCGAGGAGGAGGAGGACGGUGCGGUGGACAUGGACGACAUCCAGGUGGUGGAGAUAGGGGACGAAGGAGGGGAUGAGGAUGAGGAAGAGAGGAAUGAGGAGAGAGUAUUAGUGGAGGGAGGAGGAGAUGAGGAGAAGACAGAGAUGGAGGUGGCUGAGGAAGAAGAGGAGGAAGACACAAGGCAGGCGGAGGUGCUCGGGAGCAUUCAGGAAGAGGAGGAAGUCGAGAUGCAGGAAGAGGAGGCCAUGGAUACGGAAGAAGGGGUGACGGAAGAGGGCAAAGAAGGGGAGCAGGUCACGGAGGAGAGUGGAGGAGAAAAAGACAGUGAGACGGUUUCUGAGGAGCAGAAGGAGACGCCGGAGGAGGAAGGAGACUAAAGGAGGAGUCAGACUCCUCAAUGGGACACAAUCAGAUUCCUCCUCAUGUGCAGAGGAAGAACGCAGGAGAUGAUGUCUGCUCACUCUGACAGUCCGUUUCAGUUCACUACUGUGUAGAAAAUCCAGGUGUGCCUGAAAAAAAUACUAGUGACUUUUCCGCAGGAGAGCGAUUUCUCCCUGUAAGAAAAAUCAAUUUGUAAAGAAAAAGAUGAAGACGAACACAAAUUUUAACAAACGAAGGAAAUGCAUUAUACAGACUUUGGAAGCUAGAGCCGACAUGUUUUAGAUAAUGUUUUAUUACUAAAACACCUUGGGUCAUUUCUUUUUAUCAGUGUUACUAAUUUUAUCACUCAUAUUUUAACCUUUAAAAGCUGUACAGUUGGGAGAUAUUUCUAUACCUUUUUAUUGCCAAUGAACAAAAAAAAGUCAGUAUUUUAUUAAGUUGGAAGGAAAAUAAGAAAAAUCCUGUGCACUACAAGUGGCUUGGUUUACCUAUGGAUUAAGCAGUUGUGUUGUCAGCCCUUCAGUAUUACCGCACUAGAUAUACCACGCCAUCAUGCUAGCAGAAGUUAGCAUUUUGUUUCUUUUUUAUGUUCUUUUAAUUGGAUUGUGAGCCUUAAGAAGAAAAAGUGGAGGGAGGGGUCCUUUUCAGUCAUGUACUUCCAUUUAGACUGUAGACUCAUCGUUUCAUUUUACAAAUAGGUGUUUUUUUAAAGGUCAUAGUUUGACAUUCGGGAUAAUAAAGGUAUUUUCUUGACUUGUUGAGCGUUAGAUGAGAAGAUAAUGACCACAUUCUGAUAACUAUACGGCUACAGCCAGGUGCCGCUUAGCUUACUUUAGCAUGAGGAACUGAACAAGGGAGAAACAAAGAAUAGUGCUUUGAAGCAUAUUUGACAUAGUGGCUAAACUGUGGAACUACAACAUGUCUCCAUAGGCUUACACAGGGAAAGAGACGUUUGUAAUCUUUUCCUAAAAGUUGUAAAAUCCAAAGGCGUAGUCACGCCCAUCUACUUCCCUUCCAUGGGUCCUUAUUUCGGAAAAAUAAUGUAUUGAAGUCAAUGGAGAGAGAAAACUUAUCUUUCGACCACGUUUGAAUUGUGACAUGAAUUACACAUGAUGUUUUUCAAUCUUAAAAAAUAAUUUCCAUGUAAAAAAAGUCACAGUUUGUCGUAAAACUGUUGAAAUAUAAGACUAUGAA